UUUAUCUUUCUAUGUCUUCCUCGUUUACACCCAGGAAGCUAGGCUUCACGCUUAAUAAAGGGAAGCCCCCACCUCCUGGUCCUGUGUUCAGUCCCACUCCAUUCAUCAAGAUUACACAAGACACAGCAUGAGCGAAGUUCUCUGCAAAAAACGUGAUGACUAUUUGGAAUGGCCCGAGUAUUUCAUGGCUGUGGCCUUCUUAUCGGCACAGAGGAGCAAAGAUCCAAAUUCCCAGGUCGGAGCCUGCAUCGUGAAUGCAGAAAACAAGAUUGUGGGCAUCGGGUACAAUGGAAUGCCAAACGGGUGCAGCGAUGACCUCUUGCCUUGGAGGAGGACAGCGGAGAAUAUCCUGGAUACCAAGUACCCUUACGUGUGCCACGCCGAGCUGAAUGCCAUUAUGAACAAAAACUCGGCGGACGUGAAAGGCUGCUCCAUGUAUGUCGCCUUAUUCCCGUGUAAUGAAUGUGCUAAGCUCAUCAUCCAGGCAGGUAUAAAAGAAGUUAUUUUCAUGUCUGAUAAAUAUCACAACAGCACUGAGACGACGGCGGCCAGGCUCCUGUUUGAGAUGGCUGGGGUUUCCUUCAGAUGUAAUGACUCUGGCAUAAAUAAUUGAGGGCGAAAGUAACCUGCCAGAUGGAAACACCAGGGCUUCCUUUUACAACAGGAGUUUAAACUGAGAUUUGAAAAAGUCAUUGAGAUUUUCAUGCUUAUCUUUGCUAGGUAAAGAUUGGGCGGGAUGUGUUACUUGCAAGUAAGUUCAACCACCUUUGGUUCCCAGUGGAAACUUCUUUUGAGACUGAAAGCUUUCUGGAGAAGUUCUCUUAUAGUAUUUGUGGUCAGCGUUUGGGGUCCUUAUCAUCGGUGACACACCUGGCCCCUUGGAUGCUUCAUUAGGGAUAUGGGUUAUAUGUAAUGAAUCUCUUAAACGGUUGUGCCUUAAGACACAAAUUAUUUACACAGUACUAAUUAGAUAUUUACUGUUUACUGAUUUUUUUUUUUAGAAGAGUAUGUUUAGUCCCAAGUGUUCUUUUUAACUGAGAAGUUACAUCAAUGAGAGAAGAAAUAUCAUGGGUUUAUUUUACUUCUGCAUUUUUAGAACAUGGAUUUUACGGAUGACUCCUCUCUAGAGCUGGUUGGUUUUCACUGUGUACGAGAGCAAAAAAACAAAAAAAUGUACUCUUCUUUCUCUUUGGAGUGAUUCCAAGUUGGCUGUGGAACUUUCCUGGACAAUAAGAUAAAUCUGGUGGGAAAACGAGUCAUCGAAUAUCGUGUUGUGCAGCUAACUUGUUAGAAAUCCUCCGACUCCCCGGUAAUUCAUGCGCUCAGCUAGCUGAAGAACACACGAGCCAAGCCACCCCCUGCGCCUUUUUUUGGUCUCAGUCUUUGCUGGUCCGUGGUCCUCUCGGUGUGGUGCACUCUAAUUGGCUCCUACAGAGACAAAAUAUCAAGCGAAUCCUGGAAAGUUUUUUCCUCCCCAUGGAAAAUGUAGGUUAAGCCAAAGUAAACAAAUUGCUUUAAGUACUCACUGGAUAAAACCUUUAUUAUGUUUUGUUUCUUUACGCUUAGGAAAUUCACACCAAAGUGCAGCCAGAUUGUCAUCGACUUUGAUUCAAUUAACAGCAGACCGACUCAGAAGCUUCCGUGAGUUUCAUCUCAUUAAAUCUCCAGAAGAUGGGGUUAUCCUCUACCAAGAAGCUGCUAAUACCUUUCAUCUUGAAGUUACACGUAACUUUUUAAUAGCCAGGACAGCACAAGUAGACAUCUGAAGAAUAUAAAACCUCAAAUCUUCCUGUCUCCUCUGUCACAUGGGAUCAGCAUCUAUUUAAACUAUUGAUUUAAGGUUUAAAAUAAAGGCGCCGUAGGUGGCCUGUCGCACGGGGCUGGAACUGGGCGCCCCCCCCUUGCCUCCUAGUUUUCAGGGCGCUGGUGACUCUGCAGGAGGGCGUGUCGUCCACUGCGCCUCACAGCCUCUCUUCAACGCUACGUGGGCUGGAAGGACACAUGAAUAAUUGCUCUCUUCCACUGGGAUGAGCAGACACCCUGAGCGGAACAUCUGGCCCAAAUGAAGCAUAACGCGUCAUGCCCUUGGGAAGAAAAAGCUCCCAUGUGAUGGUAGCAUUUGAGUAUUUGCUUUAGAGAAUUGAGGGAACCCCACCCACCCACCCAAAGGUCCUAGACAGGGAGCACGUCUGUCCUGACAGCCGAUGAGUGUAACUGAGCUCGGGAGCCUUUCUCUGCUUCUGCUGUCCUGCCACCCAUAGGGUAGUGGCACCGUGUCUCUCAGGAGGGCAGGGACCCCUGUUGUUUUUGCUUCUUACCUUUGGUUUGUGGGUGACACAGCUCUCACGGUAGUUUAUCCAAAUAAUGAGCUGCUCCCGGAGGAGGCAGCCAGCCUCCCCGUGUCUCCCAAACCCACACCCUGCUGUGGGGCGGGCUGUGUGGAUGAGGGACGGUGGGCCUGCACCUGCUUCUCCCACCUGGGGCCAUGUUGCUGCUGCUCCUCGUGCCAGCCUCGUGCCAUUUCCAAGGCUGCGCUGCACCCGGAGAGUCAUUAGUUCCCAUCCUGUACGUGAACCGGGAGGAAGUUCAGCUGGCCUGCAGGUGUUUCUUCCACAUCUGUUGGUGAUGGGAGAUCACCUGUGCCUUUCUGGACACAAACCUCACCUUCCUAAUCACUGUGCUUUGGGGAAUGCAUGGCAGUGCACCUUGCCUUUAAUCUCAUUUAAUUCUUACUAAACUCAUUCAGUACCUUUGUGGAGAAAAUGGUUCCUUUAUCCUAAAGAUUAUGACCGUUUCAAAGUGUUCUUAUAUUUUUAUGAGUUUUUAUUUUGUCUCUGAGGUUUUGUAUAACAUGUUCUGGGGCAUCUGUAAUUUGGCUCCUUACCAAUGUUAUUAAAAUUUUAUUAAAAUCUGCCACACCGAA